AUGCAUCGCUCUCUCCUUAAUGCUCACCAACAACCUCUGAGCUUCACUCUCGCAUCCAGCAACUCCAAUUCGCCAAGCACCGUACUCUCACACGUGGCACAAACUUGUCCACGAUCGCUACACACCUCUGCCCCAAAACUGUCCUAUAAAUACCGGUCAUCGUCCCAGACCAGAAGCGUAUCCGAUUCCACUGAGACUGCAAUGAGCCCAGCAAUGGAGGAAGCUCUCGACGACGCCCAGAAGCUUCGGGAUGAGUUCCUGAAAGUCCUGCGUAGCAGACGAUCGGGCGAAGUUCCGUUAUCGGUUGAACCGGCAAAACCAGUGGCUCAUCCAUUGUUUCAGGAGGCUUCUCCGCCAACUUUCAGUGAGGCAAUGAACGCUUGUCCCAAGGCCAACAUCCCCAAUUUUAAGGAUAAACUACACGAGGAAAACCUUUACUUAAUUACUGAGGAAGGAGAGCAAGGGCGGUUACCCGUGUGGAUUUUAAGCAUGAAGGAAAACAAUACCCAGAAAAGGCCUGCUGUUGUUUUUCUGCACAGUACAAACAAAAACAAAGAGUGGUUAAGACCAUUGCUUGAGGCAUAUGCUUCAAGGGGAUAUGUAGCAAUUGCCAUUGAUUCUCGCUACCAUGGUGAACGUGCCAGCAAUAUAUCCACUUACCGAGAUGCUCUCAUAUCAUCGUGGAAAAAGGGUGAUACAAUGCCAUUCUUAUUUGAUACGACCUGGGACUUGAUAAAAUUGGCAGAUUAUCUAACACAGAGGGAGGAUGUAGACCCUACUAGGAUAGGAAUCACUGGUGAAUCACUUGGAGGUAUGCAUGCAUGGUUUGCUGCUGCUGCUGAUACCCGCUAUGCAGUAGUGGUCCCUAUUAUUGGUGUUCAGGGGUUUCGAUGGGCCAUAGACAAUGAUAAGUGGCAGGCUCGAGUUGACAGUAUAAAACCUGUCUUUGAGGCAGCACGAAUUGAUCUCGGGAAGACUUCGAUUGACAAAGAAGUUGUGGAGAAGGUCUGGGAUAGGAUUGCUCCUGGUCUAGCCUCCAAGUUUGAUUCUCCUUACACAAUUCCUGCUAUUGCACCACGCCCUCUGUUGAUUGUGAAUGGUGCAGAAGAUCCUCGAUGUCCACUUGCUGGUCUGGAAAUCCCCAAGUCAAGAGCAUGCAAGGCUUAUGAAGAUGCGCAGAGUAUACAUAACUUUAAGUUCAUAGCAGAGCCGGGCAUCGGCCACCAAAUGACUGCGUUUAUGGUAAAAGAAGCCAGCUACUGGUUUGACCAAUUUCUCAUGCCGUGA